AUGGAGGAAAUCACGAAAAGCAUUGUCAUUGUGUCUGCAGUUGUGGGUGUCCCGUUAAAUUUGGCUAUUUUGUUCGUGCGAUCAUUAAAGAUGUAUCAGCGUCGUCGCAUGUCUGCGUAUCAAUUUUGCGUGUGUCAGCUCGCCAUCGCAGAUUUACUAGCUGCCAUCACAACUGCAUUUGAUAUCCAUGUUUUCUUUCACAAAUACAUGUGGCACUUUGGUGUCCUUGCUUGCAAGCUGAUCAAAACAUUUCAGUCAAUAGGGUUCUCCACCUCGGGGAUGAUUAUGACGAUUAUGGCGUAUGAAAGAUACCAGGGAGUUAUCAAUCCAAUUUGUCACCGAUUAAACUUUCGAAGGAUUGUCCUUGCAUGUGUUAUGGUCUGGGUGUUCAUUUUUGUAAAGUUUAUUCCCUCCUUUAUGGCCUCUGACGUUUAUGAACAACAAUGUGUUGAGAUUAAUUUCCCGUCUAGAAAUUUUCAAAUCGGUUAUGGUAUAUUUCAUUGCGUCACCGGCUUAUUCAUACCAUUACUACUGACCACGUGGUAUCAUUCGAAAAUCUUUCUUUUCAUGCGCAGUCAUACACGUGCAAUGAGCGUUCAUUGUCACAGAUCCAACACAGUCUCACUAAGAUUAUCCCAAGAAGUCUCACAGGAAGAGAAUCUGUAUAGUGUGGGUGACCAUGAUGCUGAUUUGCAGCAAACAAUUUUCGAAAACGAUUCAGUUGAGCAUCUACACGAUACUGUGAUUAGAAGAACAUCUACGGAGAAGAACAUUUCCUUAAGUAGAAGAACAUCUACGGAGAAUUCAAGCAAGAAAAAGGCGCGAAGGACUACACUUCGAAGAUUACUCUCGAGAAGGAGCAGACAAAAUGGUAUUGCAAGUCGCAAGCUUAAAGUUCACAUUCUCUUGUCAAUUACAAUAUGUUUUUUCGUUAUGAUAGCACCUGCGAAUAUCUGGUAUAUGUUUUAUGAUCUUGGCUACAUCAAUCUUAAUCACAGAUCGUCGAAUCAUUACGUUAUAGAUGUUUUGGCAUGCCUUUUAUAUCUGCACUGCCUUGCCAAUGGGUUUAUUUACAGUGUUGCGGAUAAAAAGUUUCGCAGUGACGUUUGUGCAACUCUCUCGUGCAAAAAAUACUAA